GGCGGUUGGGAGGAGGCAGCAGCAGCAGCUGACGACGGCCUUCGAGAGCGAGGUUUGUACUGGACCACAAAAUAUGUGAUUAGAACGAAUGUUAACAACCUUGUGAGUAGACCACACUUACCUACUGAAGACAGGACUUGAUAUUUUCUUAAUAAGCUUUCUGCAUUUCCCAGAAACAGACAUGUCCUAUGUGUUUGUAAACGAUUCUUCACAGACAAAUGUGCCUCUGCUGCAGGCUUGCAUUGAUGGAGAUUUUAACUAUUCCAAGAGGCUCUUGGAGAGUGGCUUUGACCCAAACAUUCGCGACAGCCGUGGCCGAACAGGCCUCCACCUAGCAGCGGCUAGAGGAAACGUAGACAUCUGUCAGUUGUUGCAUAAAUUUGGUGCUGAUCUGCUGGCCACUGAUUAUCAAGGUAACACAGCCCUUCACCUGUGUGGGCAUGUGGAUACCAUUCAAUUCCUUGUGUCCAACGGGCUCAAAAUAGAUAUUUGCAAUCACCAAGGUGCUACACCUCUUGUUCUGGCAAAACGAAGAGGUGUAAAUAAAGAUGUGAUCCGGUUGCUAGAAUCUUUGGAGGAGCAAGAAGUGAAAGGAUUCAACAGAGGAACUCACUCGAAGCUGGAAACAAUGCAGACUGCUGAGAGUGAAAGUGCAAUGGAAAGCCACUCACUUCUCAACCCCAACCUGCAGCAAGGUGAGGGAGUCCUCUCCAGCUUCCGAACCACCUGGCAAGAAUUUGUGGAGGACCUUGGCGUCUGGAGGGUGCUGCUCUUGUUGGUGGUCAUUGCCUUGCUCUCUCUGGGGAUUGCAUACUAUGUUAGUGGAGUUCUUCCCUUUGUAGAAAACCAGCCCGAACUCCUGCAUUAGAGACGACGCAGACAAAGGGUGCCCUUUCCAUUCUUUUUAUCUUCUCAGUCUGUUUUCUUUGGUGCAGGUGGCAGCGGCUUCAUGUAUUGUUGUCCUUGACAUAUAUACGUAUGUUCCUUUAUAAAGAAAUCCUUUUGAGCAAGGAUGCAUUCAUUUCGACUAAAGGUAAUCCUAAAUCAGCUUUCACCAACCUGGCGCCCUCCACAUCAGUGCUGGCUGAGGCUGGUGGGCAUUGAUGUCCAAAGCAGCUUGAGGGCACCAGGGUACCAUUCACACCAUGCACUGAAGGCACAUGGCUUCCCCCAUAGAACCCUGGGUACUGGGUUAAAGGUGCUGGAAAUUGUAGCUCUUUGGGAGACAAAUUAUAGUUCCCAGGAUUCUUUGGGGGAGCCAGUGAUUGUGAUGGUGGUGUAAGUGUGCUUUAAAUGUAUGGUGUGGAUGCAUGACAGGUUACCGAAGGCUGCCUUAAGCUACCUCUAAUGAGUCUUGGCUUUGGGUAAAACAUCAUUACUAGCACUCCCUACUGAUAACAUACAAAGGGUAUUAAAUGCCCGUGAACAGCAUGACAAAUUGAAUAGGAAGAUGGAUAUGGGAGCAAGUCAUCACUAUUUUAUUGGACCACAUCUAUCCUUGUGGUUGCUUAUAGUGUUAACUUUCCACCAGAAAUAUGCAUAGCAUAAUACAGUACUGCAAGGGCACUUCUUUCAUCUAAGGGUGCUUUUUUGUAAAGUGGGCUCACUUCAUAACAUCAUUUCCUUACAUUCUACAUUAUUUGAAAUGUCAGUCUUUCUGUUUAUUGGU